AUGAUGCAGACACCGAUGCUGUCCUGCCCGCUCAAGGCAACAAACGAGAUCGACUGGAUAGCGCCGCUCAAGCAGUACAUCCGCACCACGUACGGCGACGACCCGGAACGCUAUGCCGACGAAUGCGCCGCCCUCAACCGCCUGCGCCAGGACAUGCGAGGCGCCGGCAAGGACUCGGCCGCCGGCAGAGAUCUACUCUACCGCUACUACGGCCAGCUGGAGCUGCUGGACCUGCGCUUCCCCGUCGAUGAGAACCACAUCAAGAUCUCCUUUACCUGGUCCCCCACGUCGCAAUACUCGCUCGCCUACGAAAAGGCCUCUAUCAUCUUCAACAUCUCGGCUGUCCUCUCCUGCCAUGCCGCCCACCAAGACCGCAACCAGGAGACAAUGCUCAAGGUUGCCUACCACUCGUUCCAGGCUUCGGCUGGCAUGUUCACCUAUAUCAACGAGAACUUCCUACAUGCCCCCUCGACCGAUCUGAGCAGAGACACGGUCAAGACUCUCAUUGCCGUCAUGCUGGCUCAGGGCCAGGAAGUCUUCCUCGAAAAGCAAAUAGCCGAUGGCAAGAAGGUUGGCCUCAUGGCCAAACUAGCCAGCCAGGCCGCAUACUUGUAUAACCAGGCCCUCGAAGGCGUACAGGACAAUGUCGCCAAGGCCAUCUUCGAGCGUGUCUGGCUGCUCCUUGUCCAGUUCAAGACGCACUACAUGACCUCUCUUGCUCACUACUACCAGGCCCUCGCCGAUGACGACGCCAAUUCUCACGGCAUUGCCAUUUCUCGCCUGGAGAUUGCCAUGACGCUCGCCCGCGAAGCUGCANAAGUCGCAAACUCAUUCCCCUCGUCUAUACCUGCUACUUCAAACUUGGCGGGAGAUACUGCUUCCAUCCUCACAAACAUGGCCAAGACUCAUUCGACUGCAUGUGACGAGAAGCUGCAGCAAUUCAACAAGGAUAAUGACUUCAUCUACCAUCAAACCACUCCCCCUGAGGCCGCUCUCCCUGCCAUUCCCAAGCUACCUGCUGCUAAGCCUAUUCCUGUGAGCGAGCUCUACCAAGGUCAGGAUAUCCACCGUAUAGUUGGACCCGACAUCUUCCAAAAGAUCGUUCCUAUGGCUGUCACAGAAUCUGCUAGCAUGUACGAUGAGGAGAAGGCCAAGCUCGUACGUGCAGAGAGCGAGCGUGUCGAGAUUGCAAACGAUGAGAUGGCCGCUUCACUGGAUUAUCUCAAGUUGCCCAACAGUCUGAACAUCCUCAAGGGAGGCUUAGAUCAAGACAUGGCGGUUGAUUCUGAAUUUCGCAGAUGGUGCGAGGACUUUGUUGGUCAUGCUCCGUUUGCCCAAGAUUUUGAGCAGCUCAACUCUAGCAAAUCCAGCAUUCACGGCAUCCUUGACCAAUGUCAGAAGAGCUUGGAUAUGGAAGAGAGUGUUUGCGAGAAGAUGAGAAACAAGUAUGGAGCUGAAUGGACCCAACAACCUAGCUCGCGCCUUACUUCGACACUUCGCAGCGACAUCCGAAACUACCGCGGUGCUGUCGAGGAGGCGAGCAUGAGCGAUGUACAGCUUUAUAGCACUUUCAGACAGCAUGAAUCAGACAUGGAGGAGAUGCGCUCUGCAGGCGAGACUGAUGAGGCCGAUGUACUCUACCAACGGGCUAUGAUCAAGGUUGGUGCUGCAAGGAAGACAGGUGGGAAGAGUCCAGCAGCAGAAGGUAGUCUGAUUGAUGACAUCGAUGAUGACGACAAGGCGAGCGUAACCGAGCAGAUCGCUGCUGUUGAGGAUCUGCUCAAGAAGUUGACUUUGAUCAAGCGAGAGCGGGAGAAGGUGCUCAAGGAUCUGAAAGAAAAGAAGGCUAUGUCACAGGAGAAUCAGCUUUUCAAGACCGAGCUUGAGAAGUUCCGACCGCAUCAACAGCGCUUACUACAAGCCCAACACAAGCAGCACAGCUUGAUGAAGGAGCUCACUCGGACUUACAGUGAUCUAUUGUCGGACAAGCGCGUUCGUCAAGAGCAAAACAAGUAUGAAGCCUUCUCACGUCAACGUGGCACUGUCAUGUCGAAGUAUAAGAAGGUGCAUCAAGCACUCAUGGACUUGCAAGCAGGUCUUGAGCGCGCCAAGAACUUCUAUUCCGAGAUGAAAGAUACUGUUGACAGCCUGUACAAGAACGUCGAAGGCUUUGUCGGCAAUCGCAAAGCAGAGGGCAGUCAACUGCUUAAUCAGAUCGAAAGCGGAAAGACUUCUUCGGGAGCUGGUGGUGCAGACCGAGAGCAGCAGCGUCUCAAGGAGAUGAUGGACCGCAUGUCAAUGAACCCUUCAUCCUCGCCACACCAACAGCAGCAACCGCAACCACCUCCGAGACCCCUGCAAUUGCAGCAACAGCAUUCAUACAACAAUUGCAACCCUGCAGCCUCACCACCAGUGACGCCAGGCUACGGCAUGCAACCCACACCAUCGCCCUACAUGCAUCAGCAAAACUAUGCCCAACAACAGCAACCUCAACAGCCCAACUAUCAACAACAUCAGCAACCGCAGCAACCUCAAGGCUACAGCUACAAUCCUACUUCUUACGGCAUGCCCACCUCCCCACCCGCCGCCCAGAAUCAAUACUUUUCUCCCNCACCAAACCAGAAUCAAGGUCAUAACCAAUAUGGUCAGAUGGGUCAGCAACAGCAGAACAUGCUGCCUCAUGGUUAUGUGCCGCCGCCUCCGCCACCUGGUCCUCCGCCGCAUCAACAGCAACAUCAGCAGCAGGGGUAUGGUCAACAGCCUCAACAGGGUUAUGGGCAGCAGCAGGGGCAAGCUGAUCCUUGGGCUGGACUCGGUGCUUGGAAGUAG